CCUCUCGUGUCCCGCUCUUUUCCCCGGCCGAAAGCCGGAACGACAUGUCCGACCGGAGCAAGCCCCGAAAGCAGCCGAAGCCCCGUUCCCCCUUACCUUCCAACCCCAAAUCCCUGACCCUCGCCCAAUCCCGAAUGGCCCGUCGCUCCCUCCUCAAGCCCUCCCUUGUCUCCGCCCUCUCCCUCCUCGCCCUCUACUCCCUCUUCCACGCCUCCCCUCCCCUUCCCCCAAUCCUUUCCUCCUCUUCCUCCUCCUCCUCAGCCGCCGCCGCCACCACCGCCUCCAGCCGCCCGCCUACCCCCACGAUCUACGUGUACGACCUUCCCCGCAAGUUUACCUAUGGCGUCAUCCGGAGCUACCUCGUCGCCCGCGACCCCGGGGCCGCCCAGAAACCCGACGUCGCCCUCCGCUACCCGGGCCACCAGCACUCCGCCGAGUGGCACCUCUUCUACGACCUCCACUGCCCCGCCCGCCGCCCGGAUUCCCCCGUCCACCGCGUCUCCGACCCCGCGGACGCUGACCUCUUCUAUGUCCCAUUCUUCUCCUCCCUCAGCCUCGUUGUCAACCCGAUCCGCCCCGCCAAUGCGGAAGCCGCACCGGAGAAGGUGUACAGCGAUGAAGCGAUGCAGGAGGAGCUGAUGGAGUGGCUGGAGGGGCAGGAGUACUGGAGGAGGAACAGGGGGAGGGACCAUGUCUUCGUUUGCCAGGAUCCGAAUGCCCUUUAUCGAGUGAUCGAUCGGGUGAGGAAUGCGGUGCUGUUGGUCUCGGAUUUCGGGCGGCUGAGGGGCGAUCAGGCAUCGCUCGUCAAAGAUGUGAUCUUGCCGUAUUCUCAUCGCAUCAAUCCAUAUAGUGGUGAUAUCGGCAUCGACGGCCGCCACUCCCUGCUCUUCUUCAUGGGCAACCGGUAUCGCAAGGAGGGUGGGAAGGUUCGUGAUACUCUCUUCCAAAUACUUGAGCAUGAGAAGGAUGUUGUCAUCAAACAUGGUACACAGUCUAGGGAAAGCCGGCGCAGGGCAACGCAGGGAAUGCAUUCGGCCAAGUUCUGCCUACAUCCUGCUGGAGAUACUCCCUCAGCUUGCAGGCUAUUUGAUGCAAUUGUGAGUUUGUGUGUUCCAGUAAUAGUCAGUGACUAUAUUGAGUUACCCUUUGAAGAUGUCAUAGACUAUGGAAAAAUUGCAAUAUUUGUGGACACAAGCACUGCUGUAAAGCCAGGAUACUUAACUAAAAUGCUCAGAAAAAUAAGCAAAGACAAGAUUCUACAGUAUCAGCAAGAGCUUAGAAAGGUGAAACAUUACUUUGAAUAUGAAGAUCCAAAUGGAACAGUGAAUGAGAUAUGGCGCCAAGUUUCUUCAAAGCUCCCCCUGAUAAAGUUGAUGAUCAACCGUGACAAACGUUUUGUCCAGAGAGGUCAAGAUGAUCUUGACUGCUCCUGCAUUUGUUCUAGACAAAAUGGGACAAUCACUUCUAGGUGACGAGGUGACUUGAGCUCAGGCCUUCAAAGUAUGACCCUGCUAAAGCUGGAACCAUAUUUGAAGAUUGAUCUUUUCCUGUAAAUUCAGAGCAGCAUGACUGGGGUCUUACUGCUUGUUCUCAUCCAGAAAACUUAGUUUGAGCGGCAUGACUGGGGUCUUACUGCUUGUGCUCAUCCAGAAAUCUAAGUUUGGUAUACCCAAGGUAAUUCUUUCAUCAUCCUGAUGAUGCCUUGCACCUGUCCAGUGCAAUAUAGCUUUAAUUUCCAAUUAGUAUGAAGUAAUAGUUUGCAUGAAAAUAGGGAGACUUUGGAUUUUAGUGUUCAUUUGAAACUCAUCUGUG